UGCCGCCCUCGAGGUUCACAAAUAUACGUUGACAAGUUUAUGAAAAUUCGAGAAUUGAAGAGAGCUUCUUCGCAGCCGUGCAGAGAGGAACUUCCCGGUGUACCCACACACCGAAUGACGCUUCCAGGGGACAAAGCACUGCUGGAAGCUUCUGAACAGGUGCAGGUUUCGACCGACGGGCUUGACUUGACCAGCUUGCUUCUUCCGUCUCCAUCGACCGUGGCUUCUCACUCCAUGUCCUCGGUGCGCCUUCUGCUGAUGGUCCUGCUGCUGGCGGGGCCGGGUGGCGUGCUGGCCUCGGAAAUCUUGGGACGCGAUCGGCGCAAGUGCGGCGGCACCUGCAACGCCUCCGCCGAGAGCACGCGUGGGGCCGGUUGCACCUGCGUCUUCGCCACCAGCAGCUAUUCUGGAACCUGCAUGCGAGAGUCGCGCGCGUGCGGCGGUUUAUGUGGCGACUCCGUCGAUAUCGAGUGUGCGGAAGGAUGUACCUGUGUGUUCGACACGGACCGCCCUUUCGGCGUCUGCCGGCGGAACGUGACCAAGUGCGGCGAUUACUGCGGCGACUUCUUGGACAGCAAAUGUGAGGACGGGUGCCGCUGCGUAAUAGACGGAAAGAGUAGGGCCGUCUGCCGGCGGUACCCGGCAAAGUGUGGCGAAUUGUGCGGCGCUGUCUUGGGCAGGCAAUGCGAGGCCAGAUGUACCUGCUCCUAUGAAUUAUACAUUUUAGGCAUAUGCCGGCCAUACUAUUCGAGACGGUGCGGCAAUGUUUGCGGCGGCCCCAGAAAAUUACCGUGUGGGGACGAGUGUUGGUGUGACAGGAAGGAAGAUUUCUUUUUUUACAUGGGCGUCUGCCGGCAUCGUCCCUGGUGCGGCGGGGACUGCGGCGGCACUGAUGGGAAAACGUGUCCCGACGGAUGUAGCUGCGUCCAAGGUCUCAUCGGCAAAGGCAGAUGCUCCUCAAGCUGGCCCGGCGCCCCCAAAUAUCUGCGACAUGACGAGUGGUUUCAGGGCACGUUGAAUGAGUUGCGAGAGAUCGUGAACGACAGCGAGAAUUUGGAGCCCACUUUGGAUGAUGCUGCCUAUUGGUGGCCCUGAAAACCAGCAACGGUUGGUGGAGAGGGCUCAGGAGGCGCCACCGACCCAUGGCUACCUGAACUGAAGAGGCCAUCCACAUUUGGGCUUAAAUGGAAGAGGUCUGGUCAAUGAAUAAACUUUAUUUGUCU